AAGCAUUCUUUUAUUUUUCUGAACUGGGCUACAAAACGAAGUUACACGCGUUUUGUGUAAUUUUGGACCGAACUAUUAAUUUGAUAUUCCGAACCUGUCUAAAGUUUUGCGAUUGACAUUCACAUAAAUAUGGUGGUCAUUUAAGAUUUUGAAGUUGUCUUUUGAAGGGGCUGUCUAAAAGAAUACAUCUGUCUUGUCUGAACAGAAUUCCAGGAAAAUAAGGACGAUUUUGGAUAGACACAUUCUUGUUUUAAGGAAAAUGAUAUGAUUUUUUAUUAUAUAAACCAAUCAUGGGUAACUCUAACAGUAGCAGUGACACUGAGGAAGACCCACGAGGGGAUGUCAAUGAGGAUGAUGAUGCCUACUCGGACAAUGAAUUGGAUGCUGGAACUAAAGAGGAAGUUGUUUCCGCUGACCUUAAUAACUUGUUCGAUCCACAAACUUUGCGAACUUUAGCGGCAAAGAUACGGGAAGAAGUACCAUCUAAUGUAACACAACAACAUCAUAAUGCUAUAGUUAGAUGGUUGUGUGAUCGACCAGAAACUCAGGAAACUGUAACUUUGGCCCAGUUUACAGACAUGUUGGUUUCUAAAGGUGCAUCAAAAAUAGAGGCCAGACGGGUGUUCCAGGAGUUUGAUAUGGAUGGGAGUGGAGUAGCGGAUAUCACAACAAUAUUAGAUGCCGUACAGUCAUAUAGUAGCGGAUCAGUCCAGGGAGAGAUCGGAAAAAGUAUCCGAAUGUUACAAGCUUGUACAUUAACCCCAGGUUUUGUUGACGUUUAUACUGGUGAUAAAAAUCCUAUACAUAAUCACGGAGAGAGAAUUCUCAAGUAUUUGUUGAGGAACAGGGCUGAGAGUCGAUCGUUACCUUUUCCAUGUUUAAAUGGUUUUAAUAACACCAGUAGUAUGAGACAAUCUGUUCUUAAAUCAACAUUUAAUCACCUUAAAAACUCAGUGGCUGGAGGGGAUACAGAAGAACAAGAAUUAGCAGAAGGGGAAGAACUUCGACCAAUCACCAAGUGUUAUUCGGGGAUUGAAGUAUCCACCAAUACAUCGGAUGCUUACAGAUUAACAAAUGGAGAUCCUAAUACGUUCUGGCAGUCUGAUGGUACGGCUAGAUCACACUGGAUCAGACUACGGAUGAAGAGUAAUGCUGUAUUAAAACUAUUAUCUAUAAAUGUGGCGUCAUCAGAUCAGAGUUACAUGCCAGAAUUAGUCACUGUAUCAACCGGUAGAAAUCCUAGAAGUUUACGAGAAAUUAAAGAAAUUCGAAUUCCCAGUAAUACAGUUGGUGAAUUUGUUUUAUUGAAGAAUGUCAAACUUCAUUAUCCAGUUGUACAGAUAAAUAUAAAGCGUUGUCAUAGCGAUGGUUGUGAUACAAGAAUACAUGCGUUAAAAGCUGUAGCCUACAGAGUUGUAAAAGAACCUGGUGUAAGUGUGUUAGAUGCAUCAGCUACGUGGUAUCUACAAGUUCUAGCAUCUCUAGUUGGUGCUACCCUGCCUCAAGCACCACAAUUACGAACUCACAUUAUCAACCAUACAAGAACUGCCUUAGAACACAUGCCACCGUUGUCAUUAUGUCCAGCCAGUUCGGAUCGACCACAGUUCCUCAGUCGUCAUGUGUUACGAGAAUUGGACAGUUUUAUCCUGGAAAUGUCAAUUAACGAGGGUAAUACACAAGCUGAAGGAUUACAUCUACUCUUAUCAUUAAAUCUAGCUCGUGGUCAUGUAGCUCGCUUGAUACAAAUACUCAAAUAUUUCUACGAACAACCUAAUAUCAGUUUGAAAUGUGCAUCUUUAUUGGCGUCUGCUCUGGAAGCUAAAAAUAGCUGUUGGGAGAAAUUAGGAAGUGUUGUACCAAUGACCGUAUUAGGAUGUCACGGAGGGAAAGAAAAUAUGACAUCAUUAGAAAAUGUUAUUAAUCAUACAUCGGAAGGUACCAAACAUGUUUUUUAUACAGAAGAGGGUAAAACGAGAACUGAUCUGUUUUUUAAAUGUAAAGAUUACGUUCAGUUUACUAAAUUUAGAAUCAAGAUUCCCCCAGGAGGUAAAGGACCACGAAGAGGAUUAAUAUUUGUUUAUAAUCAUACCGGUGAGUUUGAUUACGAUGAAGAAGUAACAAAAUUUUCCAAAUAUGAUAACUGGCAUGAACUCACCUAUAAAUUCAGCGUCAAUAUCAGGUCUGCUGGUGUUGGAGGUAAAUCUGAUAAUCCUGUCAGCUACUUUCACUUUGAUGAUGAUUGUGACGAGAUGGAUGUUCCUGUUAGCUGGUACCCUGCAGGGAAGACUGUUUUAGUGAAACUGUUUGAACCUCGUCAAGAAUCUGCAUCCAAACUUGGACUGGUUUCUAUCAAGUUUUUUGGUUUUGUUAGAAAACUGCCAAAUCUUGAGGAUGACAAGAUGUCUCUACCAACAUUAAAUCCUGAGAAACAGCCAAAUUGUACGAGUCUAGAGAUUGUACAAAUUGUUAUAACAUUUCUCGUUGAUCUGUCACUCGAUCAGGUCAAGAAGAAAGGUAAAAUAUCACGAGGUGAUUUUCUCGACUUCCAGGGUGUCGACCUUGAAACAAUAUGGACUCUGUAUAAACUGUUUAAAGAUAGUGAUGAUGCUGGAUGGAAAACCUGUAGUUUAAAGAUAUUGAAAUUACUUCAUGGUCUGACACCUGUCAUGAUUCCACUCUCCGACUCGGCCAAGGUUGUAUCUGAUGAAGUCUUCCAUUAUCUGUGUAAUGUCAUAGAUUCUACUGAAAUAGAUAAAACAAGUCAAACAUAUUUACUGUCUGAACAACUCAUAGUUGAUGGAGCAUCAUUAUUUUUCCCUAAUAAAGAGAUGAAAAGGAAGAAAUUGUUUACUAUGAUGAAUAAUGUUGACAACUUGACAACAGCACCUUCAGUAGCAUUGGUUUUCCAGUCUUUAUGUCAGUUUUUUAGUUCUGUUGAUCCACAGGGUUUAUUAGAUUUACCUAAAGUACCAACACAAUCUUUCAAUGUCACAAGUGUGUUAGACGUGAUGAAGACAUUAAUCGUGGUAGCCAGUCAAGAAUUUACUUUUACCAGUGUCGAGGAAUCAACCAAUGAACAGUUGACAUAUCUUAUACAAUUAACAGGGUCUUUACAAUCAAGUCUACUGGCUUGGUGUUCUAAGCUACUCAAUGAAGAGGAUGAAGCCAUGAGGAAAGUUGCCAUGGAUAUGACAACACAAUAUGCCUGUCAUGUUGCUACAAGAGCUGUAGAAGUUAUGGAAACCUUGAUAUCCAGGACUCCAGCUCAUCUUGUUAAAAUGUCCAGUACAUUACAGCCACCAUUUUUAUCAUCUAUAGUUCGUCAAUUGGUCCUGAUAUUAAAUUUUUUGAGUCCCAAACUAGAUUCCAAAUCACAUGUUAUGCUUCUACAAUCGUGGAAGCCAUUGUUAGUACAACUAGAAACCAUAGCAGUUAAAAUUCCUGAUGUAUUUCCUAAGAUGUCAUGUGAUAAAUGGGCCGAGUCUAAGACAGAUGACAUCAUUUUACGAACAUGGGAAUUGGAAUCAAAUCAUAAUUACGAGAAUAAUUCACAUAUAUCACAGACAUUUUGCUGUCCUGGAGCCACAUCAUUUGUUGUUGAUUUUGAUCCAAGAUCAGAAACAGAAAGACGUUAUGACUAUCUGGAAUUUACUGAUGGCAAGGGAAUCAGUAGAAAAUUCGAUCAGAAAGUCGGUAAUCCAAAAUGGCCAAAACAAGUUGUAUUCAGCGGGCCAAAUCUUCACUUCCUGUUCCGAUCAGACGGAUCAAAUACAGAAUGGGGAUACAAAUUCCUUGUGACGGCUAAAGGAACUCCUGAUGCUCCCUUGUCAUGGCCGUAUGACCUUGAACUUGGCCUGGCUAAAUUAUUUGGUGGAUUUUGUGGCCUUGUGUUGAGUUCUAAUCCAGUUGUACCUAAGAAUAGCCUACAGAAUGUAACAGAUGUUGAUGAUUCCACCGAUCAGGAAGUUCUACGCAGCGAACUUUGGACCUCAUUAUUCCGUGGAGGCUAUAUGGUUGGAAAACUUCAACACUCUCUCUCACUUAAGGUUGCAACAGAUGAAUCAAUCCAUUUAUUAGAAUUUUUUACUGAAAUAGAAACUAACAAGUCUCCACUAUCCAUAGAUUUCCUGAAAAAAUGUCGUCAACAGAGGUCGAAUGUUGGUAAAGUCGGUGGGGAGGAUGUGGACGUGGCGGUGGUUUCCGUCUUCUUGGCCCUCUUGUGGCAUACACAACAAUUACGAGAAGAUUUGGAAAGAUAUUUGAAGAACAAGGGUGAAAUGUCCGUAUCAGAAGGAAUUGUCCAGGCCUAUAAUACAGCAGAAUCUAUACGAAUGUCACUGGUUAGCCAGAGACAGAAGGUAAAAGCUAAUGAAGGUGAAAUGUCCCUGGAAGAAGAUCCAGUUAGUGUCUGUAAGAAGAAAGCUGAAUUUUUGUUGAAGUUUGCAGGAUUAACUAAAGUUCAACUAAAAGCUGAUAUGAGAAACAAACCAAGCAAACUUUCAUUGAAAAAAAUCGGCAACAAGAAAAACGAGAUGCCUUUAAUUAGGAGUGAAGUGUAUGAAAAGUUUCCAUCGUUUCGUCUGGUGAUGGAAUUUAUACAAGAUUUAGCCUGGACAACUGAAAGGGUACAGCAGAUGUUGAAGGAAAGAUCACAAUAUGCUUCGGCUGUUUGUGAGGUUUAUCACUUCGCUUCAGAAAUAAUACAGAUACUUACAGAACAACACCUGUUUCAGAUCACACUAGUCCUGUUUUUCCAGGAAUUGUUUUCACAUCAGGAUAAUUUCCCUCUGCAUUAUGCUGACGGACUGGAAGGUUGUGGCUUGGAAAAGGAGAGUACAGUACGCCGUGCUUAUUACGCCCUGAUUCGUAAAUUAACAAAUACAUUUCAAAAUAAUCAAGAUCAUGCUGUUGAUAGUCAGGUGAUACCAGCGUAUAGAUACAUACAAGCCUGUUUACUACAUCUACUAGAUACACAAUGGAAGCCGUAUGAUUUGACGUUUGUAUCAGAGAUUAAACUACCAGAAUUAUUUAUGAAGAUUGCCAAAGAAACUGUAAAGAUGAGGAAUUGUACGAUGGGAGAGGAAGAAGAAGUAGAAGAAUUACGUGGCUAUAAAUUAUGUAUGUCAUGGUUAGAAGAAUGUACCAAAGGUUUCAGUGACUGGUAUAAAGAGAAGGAGGAUGCCAGUAAAGACCAGAAAAAGGAAAUUCAAAUGUUUGUUGCUAGAUUUUGUGAUUUAUUAGAUGUAGAGAUAAACUGUGAUGGGUGUGGUAAUACGUUACCAGGACGACGAUAUAGAUGUUUACAAUGUGUGGACAUGGAUCUCUGUACUACAUGCUUCUCAGGUGGUGUGAAACCAGAGGGUGACCAUAAAGACGAUCACGAUAUCGUGCAUCUAGUAUUUAAGUGUAAUAAAUGUCAGGGUUUUAUUAUUGGAACCAGAAUUCACUGUGAUAUUUGUGAAGAUUUUGAUCUUUGUCUAGGUUGCCAUAGUAACCAAAAGUUCCCAGCUGAACAUUUAGAGAGUCAUGCUGUAACAAGAAUUCCACCUGUCAGAUUGAAGACGUUACUGACUUCUGAUUCGUUGACGCAGGCGUACAUCCAUCAACAUGUCUGGUUAUUGUUCACAUCACUCUCGUUAAUAUUAGGGGAGAUAAUUCGUAAUGAUACGUCGCACGUGUCAUCAGAUUCGGAUUAUAUCCGUCUGUCAGCCCAGCUACAGAAUCAGUGUAUAACGCUAUGUACCGAUUGUUUAGAGAAAGUUCCCGAUGAUGCCGACGAUGGCAGUAAACAUCUAUUACAAGAAGGUACAGAGAAUUUAGAAACACGGCAGGAAGAAGCCUUCGCAUUCCAUUCACAAGAGAGGAUUAUGGGACUACUGGGUGCCAUGAUACCACUGGAGAAUAAGAUACCGAUUCAAGGUGUGACGUAUAAUUUUACAACCAAAGAUUUUCUACAUUUAUUAUAUAAAGUGGCCAGAGGUGAUCGAAACCAUGAGUUGAACACUCAACAUCUAGGAAUGGGUUUACUGGGGCGUCUGCUCACCAAAUCAUCAACAGAAGUAUCUGAUGAGGCGGUGUUAACAGUUGUACCAAGUAAAACGUCAAAACCUACAGCACCAUCAGGACAGGAAACUGUCAAUUAUUUAUUCAAUUUUGGAGCCUCAUGUUUAGAAAAAAGUGGUAUUGAGUGGUUGUGUUCUUUUUGA